GCCAUUGGACGCCCACACAUGCCUGCCUACUGGUCUCUGGGAUUUCACCUCUCCCGAUGGGGUUAUGGCAGCAUUGAAACUUUAAAGAAAACUGUUGAUCGCAUGCACUACUAUGAUAUCCCAUACGAUGUCCAGCAUCUUGAUAUUGACUACAUGGAACAUCGUCUGGACUUCACCUAUGAUAAAGUGAAUUAUGCAGGUCUGCCAGAGUACCUCCAACAACUGAAGAAGGAAGGAAUGCACAAUGUCAUCAUUCUGGACCCUUUCAUAAGUAAGGACGAAGCACCGGGCACUUACAAGCCUUAUGAUCUUGGACAGGAAAUGGGAGUCUGGGUGAACAACUCUGAUGGCGUAACUCCUGCUGUUGGACAGGCCUGGCCCUCUGGACAUUCUGUGUUUCCUGACUACACCAACCCCAGGACCGUUGAGUGGUGGACCCAGUUGUGUCUGGAGUUUAAAGAUGUCCUUGACUACGAUGGGAUCUGGAUUGAUAUGAAUGAACCAUCCAAUUUCUUAAAAGGCCAAUAUCCUGGAUGUGCUGUUAAUGAUAUCAACAACCCUCCUUACAUUCCUGACAUUACGGAUCGUUCCCUGGCACAAAAGACACUGUGUCCCGACUCAAAGACUUACCUGGGAGAGCACUAUAACACACACUCUCUCUUCGGAUGGUCACAGACAGCACCUACUUUCAAUGUUGUCCAGAAGGCAACUGGAAAGCGGGCAUUUGUCUUGAGUCGGUCUACCUUUGUCGGCAGUGGGAAGCACGGGGGUCACUGGCUGGGUGACAACUUCUCUCAGUGGAGGGACAUGCACCUGUCAAUCAUUGGAGUCCUGGAGUUCAACCUCUUUGGCAUCCCCUACAUUGGUGCUGAUAUCUGUGGGUUUAACCAUAACACCACCUAUGAACUCUGCUUGCGCUGGAUGCAGCUUGGGUCUUUCUACCCAUUUUCCAGAAACCACAAUGCAGAGGGAAAUAUGGAACAAGACCCAGCAGUGUUCGGAGCUGAGUUUGCCAAGAUCGCUCGCUCUACGCUUCGGAUCAGAUACUCACUGCUGCCAUACUUAUACACCCUGUUCUUCGAGUCUCAUGUGCACGGAAACACGGUGGCACGGUCACUGAUGCAUGAAUUUACCUCUGAUCAGCAGACUCAUGGAAUAGAUACUGCCUUCCUUUGGGGACCUGCUUUUAUGAUUGCUCCCGUUCUUGAAGAGGGAGCAAGAUCUGUGGAUGUAUACUUCCCUGAAGCAACAUGGUUUGACUACUAUACCGGUAAUAAACUGCCAAGCACCUGGAACAAAAAAUAUACUACUGUGGCUGCCCCAUUGAACAAGAUCCCUCUGUUCAUCCGUGGAGGCUACAUCCUGCCAGAACAGGCACCAGCCUCAACCACUACUAAGAGCCGUCUGAAUCCAUUUGGGCUCAUUAUCGCCCUGGAUGAGCAAGGAGAAGCUUCUGGGUCUCUCUUCUGGGAUGAUGGUGAUUCAAUCGAUACUAUUGAAAAUGAGAACUACUUCUUGGCUAAAUAUACAUUCAGCAAAGGAAACCUGAAGACAGAAAUACUUAAAAAUGGCUACCGAGGGGCUGACACUCUGAAGUACAACAAAAUCAAGAUUCUUGGCCUGAAUAUGAGACCUCAUACUGUUGCUCUGAAUGGAAGAGCCAUCCAUGGAGAUGCUUUCAGUUUUGAUCUGAGUGGGGUAAGAGCUGCGCUGAGCAAUUCUGAAAAUCCUUAG